UAGGAGAAGGUGGUGGUGGGGUUGUAGGUUAAUCGUGGCCAAAUAUUACAAAAAAUGUUACGAUUUACGAAGAAAUAUAACACAUAGAAGGUAACCAUCAUACGAUUGAACAACAGAGGUUUUAACAAUAUAAUAAAACCACGUCAUAAAGUUCACUGUGAAUUGAGUAGGGGAAUGACUUUUGGCGCUGGCUCAUCCUGGGCCUUUUGUUUGACUAUCCAGGCAAUAUGGCGCCUGACCGUUUCAUCGUGACAUUUUGAAAACUGAAGAAGUGAAGUAAGGUGCUUGGUGAGUCACAUGAUUACUUCUGCACAAUGAAGAUAGAUAGGAGCCGUUUAAAAAAGAGCACUUCUGAAGUGCCGGUAGAAUGCCAAGUCCUUAUAGAUAAACUUCGAUCCUGUUCUCACAAAGAACUUCUAGAAGUACUGAAGACAAUAGACACAUGGACAUUUGGCAAGUGUGAACUUUACCAUUGGAUUGACAUUCUGGAUAUCAGUGAUGCCAUUCUGGAGGAGGCUGCCACACGGGUUGAGCCCUCCAGUUGGACUCUGGCAUGUGAUUUGCCUCAGAAUGCUGAGGAUAAAGAGUUGUUGCUUUGGGUCCUCCAUUUCACAACACUUCUGAUAGAGCACUCAUUUUCAAGACAUUUGUACAACUCAAUGGAGCACCUGAUAACACUGCUUUCGUCAUGUGACAUGAAUGUUGUGCUUGGUGUGCUGAACUUGCUGUACAUGUUCAGUAAGCGGAGCAAUUUCAUAACAAGGCUCAACAAUGACAAGAGACAAGCACUGUUAAGUAGGCUGACACACCUGGCUGAGAGUUGGGGUGGCAAAGAAAAUGGAUUUGGUUUGGCAGAUUGCUGCAAGGAUGUGUCUGCGGCGCAUUUCCCACCAAGUUCAACUACGUUGCAUUUUGAGUAUUACUCAGAAGUGUCUGAAAGUACACUAGUUUCUGGAAAGGGAAAGUACUCUAACCUGAUAACUAGCAUCCACAUGGAGAGUGUAGACAAGAUGAACAAAACCCCAGCAAUGAUCAUGAAUGAGCUACUUGAGCAGUACAGUGUACCUGCUGAUAAACAGAUGCAACUUUUCACACAUAUACGAUUGGCCCACUGUUUCUCAAACCGUCGACUUCGUCUUCUGUGUGUUCAAGCCAGACUUCAAGCUCUGUCUGUACUUGUGUAUUCAAAUGCUCUGGCAGAGAAUGCCCAUGCACUUCUCUAUUCAGGCAUUUUGGAGGAAUUGGUAGAACUGUUAGAAAUGCCCAGCCCUAACCUAGUAGAGAUUCGAGCAGCUGCUCUGCGUACUUUAACAUCUGUAAUUCAUCUAGACCGGAAUCCACACCUCCCUAACAGGAAGCCUGGUUCCAGACUGAACAUGAUAAUUGAUGUAACGGGUGCAGGAUCAUACCAUGGUUUCCUUCCUGUGUUGGUUCGCACUUGUAUCAUGACACUGACAUCUACACACUCAGAUACAAGCAGUGGUCAAUUUCCAUUACCCCUAGCCACUGCCCUAUUCAGUUUUCUUUACCAUCUGGCUAGUUAUGAAGCUGGUGGAGAAGCACUUGUCAGCUGUGGCAUGAUGGAAAGUCUGCUACGAGUUAUUAACUGGCCUGGCACAGAGUUGGAACAUGUUACGUUUGUGACCCGAGCUGUGAGGGUAAUUGACCUCAUAACAAAUAUUGACAUGCAGGCAUUCCAAAUGCAUGGGGGAUUGACAAGUUUUAUCACUCGUUUGGAGAUGGAAGUGAGUGUAUGCAGGAAGGAUCAGCCAUUUGAGAUAACAUUCCCAAAUUCUCAGCCGGAAGUCCAAGAGCCACCAGGACAGAAUGCUGUAGCACAGUCUCAGAGCUCGGGUGACAGUUCGCAGCAUGUAGCUGUGCCUUCUGAGGACAGUAUUCUGAGUGGUAGUGAACAGAGUGCAGAUAGACUAAAUGUGAGCACAGUGCAGUCCCCAAUGGAAGUGACACUUACCCUUUCGCAAGAAUCAACUAGUUCCCAGACAUCACAUACUCCACCGCAGCCUCCUCAGGCAACAUCAUCAGUUACCAGUAUGUCCAGUGAAACUGCUCUGACAGCAUCACAUGUGGCAAGUUGUUCAAAGUCUAGUAAUAUCCUGCCUGAUUACAGUGCUGCCAGGACAGGAAAGACUUGUUUACCACAAAGGGCUGCUUUGCUCAAAUCAAUGUUGAACUUCUUAAAAAAAGCAAUUCAGGACCCGGCAUUUUCAGACAGCAUUCGUCAUGUGAUGGAAGGUUCACUUCCAUCUUCUUUGAAACACAUUAUUAGUAAUGCUGAGUACUAUGGACCUUCUCUGUUUCUGUUGGCCACUGAUGUGGUUACUGUGUAUGUGUUCCAAGAGCCAUCCCUGCUUUCUUCGCUACAGGAUAAUGGCCUUACUGAUGUGGUGCUUCAUGCUCUUCUUGUGAAGGAUGUACCUGCAACACGAGAAAUAUUGGGAUCACUGCCAAAUGUGUUCAGCGCCCUUUGCUUGAACACCCGUGGUCUUAGCUCCUUUGUGCGAUGUGAUCCAUUUGAUAGACUCUUCAAAGUCCUCCUCUCUCCUGUAUAUCUGGCUGCAAUGAGGCGACGACGAAGUUCUGACCCGAUGGGUGACACAGCUUCCAACCUUGGCAAUGCAAUGGAUGAAUUAAUGAGACAUCAGCCAAGCUUGAAAGUGGAUGCAACAUUUGCAAUAAUCAAGUUGCUAGAAGAACUAUGUGUUCUUGGCCGUGACCCCAAGUAUAUUUGUUGGAGAGCCCAAAAUAAGAUGGAUGUGUCUCCUGUCCCUGCACCACGCCCCACUGGAAACAAUGAAGGUGGAAGCAGUGAUGAGGAAGAUGAAGAUGAGGAGGAAGCUUCCACUUCCUCACAUCCUCAGCGUGAGGAUGCUGCUUCUGAUUCCUCUGCUUUGCAUGAAAAGACACCUAUUGCUCUGAUAGACUACAUUUUGAAUGUGAUGAAGUUUGUGGAUGCAAUCCUGAGUAACAACUCAACAGAUGAUCACUGUCGGGAAUUUGUUGCUCAAGAUGGACUAGUUCCACUGUUGUCAAUUCUUGGACUACCAAAUCUGCCAGUUGAUUAUCCUGUCACAACUGCUGCACAGGCUGUUGCAUCUGUUUGUAAGUCAAUCCUGAAUCUUGCACACGAGCCUCAGGUAUUGAAGGAAGGGCUUCUUCAGUUGAACAGUGUACUUGAGCGGCUGCAGCCUCUUCACAGCCCUGUGAAGGCUCCUGGCAGCUCAGUGUUGUUACAUGAGCUGGCAUCAGCUCCUAACCUUGAUACAGCGUUCUCAUCAGCUGCUGCUACUCCUCUGCUCCAUGCAAUGGGUGCAGCUCAUGGUUAUGUUGUUAUGUUUGUCCACGUUUGUCGUACGGGGCAGAGUGAUAUCCGGACACUAUCCAUGACACAUUGGGGCUCAGAGUUGGGACUCAGUGUUCUUAAUGGUUUGGCUGAGUUGUAUACAUCAUUAGUAUGGGAAAGCACCCUCUUACUGGCCCUUUGCAGUGAUGAUAUCAUUCCUCCAGGUUGCAAAUUUGGCAGAGAGGACAUGGAAAAGCUCCUCCCUUUGGAAAUGAGGAGUGAUUCACAUCAGUUAGUCAAUGCCAUGGAUGCUUCAACCUUGGAGACUGCAAUGGAAGUGGACUCUGAAGUCAGUAAUCGUAUGCUUCCUACUGCUUUGCAGUUGAAGUAUAUCAAACCUUUACUUGGAGCAUCAUCAAGACUAGGAAGGGCCUUGGCAGAAUUAUUUGGGCUCCUAGUUAAGCUUUGUGUUGGAUCACCAAUCCGAGCGCGAAGAGGUCAACAAGUGCCCAAUACCCCAGCUCUUCCAACACCAGCUGCACGAGCAGUAGCUACUGCUCUGAACAUUUUGUUAGCUAAUGGCCUUAACUGGACCAGGCUACCCCACACAACAAUUCCAAAAUUCAAGUUGACAUUCCUGAUAUGCUCUGUUGGAUUUACAUCUCCAAUGUUGUUUGAUGAGAAGAAGUAUCCAUACCAUUUAAUGUUGCAGAAGUUUGUCCAAUUAGGAGGACAGAAUGCAUUUUUUGAUACAUUCCGUUGGGCACUCUCAAAUGGAUUAACCAUAAAUGUUGAAGAGGGCCUUGAGCACCCAGACCUGACUGAUGGAACUGGUGAAUUCUUGGAUGCUUGGUUGAUGCUGCUUGAAAAGAUGGUGAAUCCAAAAGCAAUCCUUGACUCUCCACACACUAUCACAAUGAAGCAUGGUGCAAUUUACAAGCCCUUUGAUCCAUUGAAGUACUUGAUGGCAAUUCAUAGACUUGCCUUUGAUGCAGUCAUGUUGAUGUGGGGCAAGAAGCCAUUGAAAUCAUAUGGAGCACGCAUGUCAGAGUCGAUGCUGGCCAUCCUGCGACACAUCCUACGUGGGGAGAAAAUCAUGGCUGAACGUCUUGGCAAAGAGAAAGAGAGUGUGCUUCUGGUUCAUGGAGGAGCAGAAGCAAGUAAUAGUUCUAGUGGCAGCUCAAGUGCUGGCCCUACUCCCAUGUCUGGCAGCAUCCCCACCAUGGCAGCAUCUGCCCAGCGACGGCCACAGACCAACAGCUAUGAACCUGAUGUGAAUGGUGAAUGGCUCCAACAACUCAUGGAUAUGGGCUUCAGUAGAGAGCACUGUGUGGAGGCCCUGCUCCAUACACCUAAUGUUGAACAAGCAACUGACUAUCUGCUGAGCAAUCCAUCACCAUUUGCUUGUACAACACAGACUGUGUCCAUGGACCUUGACCUGACAGAAGAAGAUCAAAUGCUGCGGGCAAUAGCCAUGUCUCUGGGAGAAAAAAUAAUGGCUGAUUGUGACCGCAAGGAUGCCACCAAACACAAGCAAACAAAUGAGGAAGUAGAAACACAGGUUCUCAGCAAAGAAGCCAUUGACAAAUUCACAACUACAGCUUUAUUGGCGUGCCUGAACCUUGUUGAUACCCUGCCAGACACAGUGUAUCGAGUGUGUGACCUCCUCAUCACUAUCACAAAACGCAAUGGUGAGGUGUGGCGUGAUGAAAUGUUGGACACUCUAGUAGCAGAUAUUGCUGACAAAGCCAAAUAUUUAUUGGAGGUUAUGGGGUCAGGGCAAAGCCCUAGCCAAAUUGUGUCUGAAUUGAUGAAUUCAAAUGCUGCUGUGAAAAUUACAGGACGCAUUCAUCUGUUUACUCUUCUGUUUGAGGGUCCUGUCUUUCAGGAGAUGCGUGUACCUUGUGCUCAAGUCGUUCAGAGAUCCAAGAUUCUGCCGUCACUUGUCCAGCUCUUGGUACAAGGCCAGGAAGCACUAACAGCUUCUGGUGAGGUAGUAACACCCAAGUGGCUUGCACCCCUGUUGUUGCUGAUUGACUUGCUUGAGAAAGUGGCAAUGUGUACACAGAGGCGAGACAAGAUGUACAAGGUAACAAAUCGCAUAUGGAGGUGGUUUGAUCUGUCAUCUGGGAAGUGGACCACUUACUCAUCUAAUAACAACAAACUAAUCAAUGAUGCAUACUGGAAUGGUGACAGCAUGGUGCGUGUCACUUGUGAUCGCAGGAGAUACAUGAUUCAGUUAGGAGCCUUGAGCCAGGUGAAUGAGGAGACAGCAAACCGUCGUCCUGUCACAAUGUCUUUAUUAGAACGAGAGAGAGCAGAAGGUAGGGAUUUUGCCCCUAAGGAAAAGAAUUAUGAAAAAGAAAAGCUCGAGAAGAUGGAAGUUGAAGACCCAAGUGUGACAGAAGAACGAGAGAAAAAGAGGAAUGUUGUGGUGUAUGGAUUAGAAAGAUCUGACAUGUCAGUUAUUGUUAGAUCCUGUGUGGGGUUGUUGGCCAUUCCUGUUGACCGAGACACACUUCAUGCAGUGAUGAGGGUUUGUCUCCGGCUUACACGCAAUUUUGAAAAUGCCAUGAUCUUUGGUGGAUUGGGUGGUGUACGCUUGCUUCUGAACUUGACUCAGGCCUCGUCAUUCACGGGGUUCCUCAGUCUGUCCACCCUGCUGAUACGUCACGUGAUGGAGGAGCCGCACACCCUGCGUCAUGCAAUGGAGAAGGUGCUGAGGACAAGAACACUGCCCAACAUUCCGCCUCCUUACAAGGAGCUUCUGUACUUGCUUAGGAAUUCUCCUCCUAUUGUCACCAGAGAUCCCGAGACUUUCCUUGAUGUGGCUCGCUCCGUUCUUCGUGUAGACCUGAACAUUCUUUCAAAGAGAAAUGAGGAGGAAGACAUUCGUCUGUUGGUGAAGACACUUCCUUCAAAGCACACACCUGCUUUGCCAAUGCAGGAGGAGGUGUCCACUACUGUGGUAUAUGACUUGCUGAAUUGUCUGAUUCGACCGACGCCUCAUGAGGAUGCAACUGAAGCAGCAUCCUCUGUUGUUUCAAAUAUUGUGUUAGCAGUACCCUCAGGAGAGGCAGGGAAUGACACACCUGGUAGAACAAGCUUGGUUACUCCAAACUCUGCAUCAGGUUCAGCAUCAGGCCCAGGCAUAACCAUGGGUGAUGGUUCCCUUCAACUUGUGGGGCAUGCACAAAGGGCUUCAACUGCUGUGCAGCAAAGCUUACGUCAGGAACUGCUUCGCAGUUCUAGUUCUAGUGAUCUUCUUCAUCAUGAGGUAGAUGAGAGAACACAGGAAUUGGACAUUAAGAAAGUAAAGGAAGAUCUGGCAACAUAUGCAAAAAUAAAUGAGGAAGAGAAGAAAAGACCUUUACUUCCGAAGAGUGCAAUACUUAAGAUCCUUGCAGAAGCUGUACGAUCAUACUCAGGCUGUGCAAAACUGAUAACUGAUCACUCAUACACUGCAGGUCAGAGUGAGAUGGUAACAGAGGAUUGCUCUGCACUUGCUUUCUUGUUGGACAAAUUACUACCAGUGAAUGAUAACCCAGUAGACAGAGAAUGCUCAGCAAUGGCAAGAAUGCUGAUUGCAGCGUUGGCCUCAUGUAAUCAUUCACCAGAUGCCCAGACUGUUUUAGUGACAGAGGUUAAAGGUGCGUUGCUGCGAACAUUAGCUCUUCCUGAGUCAGCUGACAAACAUGCCCAAAUUCAGCUGUUGGCAGGCUUGAUCUCAACAAUGAUAGAUAACUGCCCAUCAACACCCAACAACACUCCUCUUAGUGCCUCAUUGAAACUCCACCAAUACAGUAGUCAUAUGAACAACAUCGUGCGUAUCAUGCUCAGGAAGGGGAUUCUUACUGACUUGGCACGAGUUUCACAUUACUUAGACCUGUCUAGUCCGAACAUGCCAGCAUCUGUGAAUGCUGCUUUGAAGCCACUGGAGACAUUGUCUCGAAUAGUGAACCAGCCAACUGCAGCAAGUAACAACAAGGUUGGCAAGCAGAAAGCUCAAGGAAGUGUGUCAGAGGAGCCAGCUGGUGAUCAGACAGGUCGUGAUAUAUUGACAGGCACAACUACAUCUGAAGCCACUCAUGCACAAGGGGAAGAAACUGUAGAAGAUGCAGAAAACACUGAGCAUGACAUAUCAGCUGCAGCAGAGAGCCUGGAACCAACAUCUGAGAGUCAGGUUCAGGAAAGUGCUGAUGAUGAAGCUGGCUUGGAAGAUAUUAUGGAGCAGUUGCUAGAUAGGGAAGGUGGUUCCAGCGAGGACAAUAUCUUGAAUACCACUUUCAACAUGGAGGCUGAAGUUCCACCUGCUCAGGUUGAAAAUGAUCAUCCUGUAAGAAGUCAGACCAAUCCAACGUACGAGCAUGAAGAGGAUGACACACAGGAUGCAGAUGGUGCUGAAAGCAGUGAUUCUGAUUCUGAUACGAAUCCAUCAGAAGAAAUACCGAAUGUGGAAGAUGAUGAAGAUGAUGAUGAUGAUGACGACGACGACGAUGAUGAGGACGAUGAUGGUGACAAUGAGGAUGAAGAAGAAGGAGGAUCAGGAUAUGAUGAGGAUGGACUUGAAUUUUUUGAAUCAGAUGAGGGAUUGUUUCGUAUUCCUGGCUUGGACAGAAACAAUGAAGAUAUUUUAAUGAUCCAGUAUUCUGAACCUGAUCCUUCUGGAUCUGGUCCUCUUCUUCCUUGGAACACCAAUACAUUCCCACUUCCAUUUGGAAUUUUUGAGGAGCCAGUCAAUGGAAAUGAGAACACAGCUCUACACCCCAUCACCCCAAGUCAUCCUUUAUUGAUGGCUCGCCACAAUCUAGAAGUAGGGAGCAUCACAGGCUCACGGGCUCAGCGUGCCAAUCGACAACGGCGAUAUCAGUAUCUGCAGCUGAAUUCUCGGAACCCAAACCCACCUGUGAUACUUCAGAGACUUUUGGGACCAGCUGCCCAUGACCUCCCUGCAUCAGCAAGCCAGGCGCUGGCUUCAACCUUCCGUGAUACAAGGGUGGUAGUCAUGGAUAAUGGACUGGGAAUCUUGACUAAUUCAGAAGAAGAACAGAUAGAUUUUGUGGACCAGUCUGGUUAUCUGUUUGGCCCAAGCUUAGCUGCCACAUUAAACAAUAUUCCUACAGCACUUCACUGGUGGACAGAGGAGUGCAAGCUGUUAGAUGGGGAUUCCAGUCCUGAUUGUGUAACUGGUGUGGUGCACAGUUUGGUGCCCCAUCUGGAAAAGUUGCGUGAUGAGGAGCUUGCUGAACGCAGAGAAAAGCGUAGGAAACAACAAGAAGAGGAGGAGGCUAAGAAAAGGAAGUUAGAAGAAGAUGGAAAGAAGGGCGAACCUGAAGAAGCUGCAAUGGAGGUUGUCUUCAGCAAUGGUGAAACUGCACAAUCGAAUGGCGCAGACAAUCAGUCAAGUCUUGCAGGCACUGAUAUUGCUGCAGCUGUGGCAGAUGUCACAUCUGCUACUGAAACUUUGGCUGAAUCCAUCGUUGACUCCAUUCUGCAGCCAGCUAUGAGUCUGACUGGUACUUCUGCUAUCGCACCACCAUCUUCUGGUCCUGGUGAGGCAGAUGAUCAAAUUCAGCAACAGAGGAAUGAAGACCAAGAGAUGGAACAUGUGCCUGUAGAGGUUCGAGCUGGCAUUGGUGAAACCCCAGACUUCUCAGAGCUUACUACUGGUCUCCUGAGUUCUCUAUCAGAAAUUCUCCCAUCUGUCACAGCAGCACAGAGAGCACUGAGUGGUGUAAGUCAGGGGACUGAGUCUGAAUCUUACCCUGAGGCAUCUUAUGAGUCUUCCUAUCCAAACAGUGCAAGCAGCCUGGACUCAGCUCAGCUAGGCUCAAUGCUUGCUCAGAGUUGCAACACUGUAACACCAGCUCCUACAUCUUCAUAUAACAGGGACGAUGGAGAAGAUGGUGAUGAAGCAAGGAGCCCCCCUCAGGGUGCAGUAUCAGCUGUUGGGGAACAUGGAGAAGGGGAUUAUGACUCUGAUAACUCUAAUUUGGACCCUGCAUGUGGUCCACCUCCACCCCUGAUUCCACUUGAGGAGGUUGUGAAUAUGGAUGUAACUGAGGCUGCAGAUGAAGAGGAAGAAGAUGAUGAAGAAGAAGAGGAUGAAGAUGUGCCAGUUAGCUAUCCCCAUCGGAGUGCCUCUCAGACACUUCUUGAAAGCAUUCGUAGGACAGGACGUGCCCCACGAAAUCUUCAAGAAGCUGUGGACAUGGUUGCUUUUGAAUCCACUGGCAGGCUAAUUAAUGAAAUGGAGGAUGCCUCGGAUAUACCAGGAUUGGGAAUGGUGAGAGAGAUGGAAGAUGUGCAGGCUCCAAUCUCUAAUGGAGUCCAACAUCCGGUGAAUGGAUCAGAGUCGUUGGACCUUGAAGCAGCUGCAUCCUGGCUGAGAUCCCAGGUUGAAGCACGUGUGUCCCAGCACCAGAGGGAAGGUGAAGUACAAGAGCAGUCUUCCCAUCUCCCGUCCCACUCUGAGGAAAGUCAACCCCAAGGCGACUCUGUAAACCAUAGAUCUGCAUCUACAUUUGAGAACAGUGUGAACACUGAAGCUAGUGAAACGCCUCCAGUACCUGGGAGCAGUGGUGGGGAAUCAGUCGUUGUCAACAGUGGACUGAGCCCAGAAAUUCCAGAGGGUGUUGAUCCUUCAUUCCUUGCUGCUCUUCCAGAUGAAAUGCGAGAGGAAGUGAUCGCAGAGCAGCUGAGGCUUCAGCGUUUGAGGCAGAGAGCACAGCAGCAUUCAACAGAAACUGUCCCACCCAGUGUGACAGAAGUGAACCCUGAAUUCUUGGCUGCACUGCCACCAGCAAUCCAGGAAGAAGUGCUGGCCCAGCAGCGACUAGAACAGCAACGGCAGGCUGCUGCUGCUGCAAAUCCAAAUGAUCCUGUAGAUGCAGCGGCAUUUUUCCAGAAUCUUCAGCCUUCAUUGAGACAGGCAAUCUUGACAGAUAUGGAGGACUCGCAGAUAUCUGUUCUUCCACCUGAUCUAGCACAAGAGGCACAGAACCUGCGCCGUGAGUGGGAAGCCCGUAACCGACAGCUGAUGCAGGAACGCCUGUUUGGUCAUGUCAGCCAAAGUAGCAGUGCUCUGUCUUCGAUACUUCGUAGUUCCGGCAGUGGUCGUGUUGGGACAACAAGGUAUGCAAUUCACACUGUGCCCCAGCGAGCCCAGUGGGGAGCAUGGAACUCACGUCAGGAGACCCACCCAAGCCUAAGUGCGCUCUCGUCAGGCAGUUUGAGGCUACGGGGCCGACAGCUCCUGGAUUAUGAAGCAAUUUCAUGUCUCUUAGUGCUGCUGUUUGUAGACGAACCCAAGCUCAACACAGGGCGACUUCACCGAGUAUUACGGAAUUUGUGUUACCAUGCAGCAACAAGGGAGUGGGUCAUCAAGGCCUUGCUGUCUAUCAUGGAGAAAUGCAAUGAUUGUAGAACAUCUGAAAACUUGAUUCUGCCAAAGCCGAGGCGGAUGUCAACGCGAUCACAGCCUCAUCCUGAAACAGCUGUGCGGAAUACCCAACCCUCAUGGCUAAACAUAAGCCUCGAUGCUGCACUUGGCUGCAGAGCCAGUGUGUUCACUAUUGUGAAGCAGCCUGGGAAGCGUGGCAAAAGCCAAGAUGCAGCAAGUGUUACAAUUCACCCCCAGGCAGCUCCUGUUGUGUUCAGGCAUACCCUUGAAGUUCUGAUCUCUUUAGCAAAAAGCUUUCCGGGCUACUUCUUGCCUCUAAAAAGUAAGGAUGAGUGCAAAUACAAAGAUUCUUCACCUCCAAGAGAUGCAAGGUUAAAAUUAUCUCCUGGAUCAUUAGGUAGUGGGGGAUCUAGAGCUAGUCGUACAGAUGGGACCAGUUUUUGGGACAUAUUGCUCAGAUUGGACUCAGUUACUAGUACAAAGAAAGGGAAGAGUGUGGCUCGUGCCCAUAGUGCUUCAGCUCUAUCGUCAGAAUCAGAAGGACAUGCACCAACCUUUGAGACGUCAGCAUUUGGUCAGCUGUUGACGAUGCUAGCAUCUCCUGUUGUGAAACGCAGCUGCCUUUUGACAGACAAACUACUUAGGUUGCUUUCCCUUAUCUCUGUUGGACUUCCUGAAGUUAACCCAUAUGUUCGAAAACGUGAUGGAAGUAACACAAAGAAACCUGAGGAGAAGAAUGAAAGUGUACCAGUGUCUGAACAGCACCUGAAACUUGCCAUAGAUGUCCUCACUUCAAAGAGCUGUUCAGAAGAGGGUCUGGAAGAUGCAACAGCUCUACUCCUCAACAUGGCCAAUUGUCCUGACCCUACAAGGAACAUGAUCUUGCAUCUUUUGCUGGAUGGAGCAAUGGAACUUGCAAACAUGGUGAAUGACCACAUUGCAGCACUUUUGCACGAACUGAAAUCAAUGAAUAGAUAUCUGAAGAAAGAUGAAGGUGAAGAGAUACACACCAUUGACCGUCCUCCUAAGGGAGUAGUACAUGAUAGGUUUACCAAGGACAAUGUGAUAGUGACUGCACCAUCCAAAGUUAAAUCAGGUUGUGACCUUCAGUUGCCAUCCAUGUCUAUUCUCACAAGCAAGACAUCCAGUCAGGCAUUCUUUUUAAGAAUUCUGAAAGUAAUUGUUCAGAUUCGAGAAUCAGUACGACUUGCACACAGAAGAAACAGGGAGAGUAGUGAGUCACUGGACUACUACCAACAAGGUGAUAGCUCUGCUGAUGAGGGGGGCCCAGGCACUGAAGAGGCAUCAGCAUCAGUUAUGGAUACUGGCAGUCCUAGAACUUCCACAAAUUUUGUUCGAUGUACCUCAUCCACUCCAGAAAACCCGCCUGCUGAGCCUUCAGCAUCAAAUCAUGCUCCAUCUCGGAGACAAGCUUUCCGCUCUCGAGAGCUUGAGCGUGAUAGUAUUAUAAGCUUGAGAAGGGCCAUAUAUCCAAGCGCACUCUCUCCUGCAAACCCUGCCUCUGCUGCACCAUCAGCUGACAUACUUGAUGCUAACUCUGAUGCUGACACACCAGGGUUCAACCAUCGGCAGAAAGAAGCAGAGGAAGAGGAGGUGUUGCCAACACUCAGUGAGCAGUUAAUGCUUGACAGAUUAUGGGACACCCUUAGUUCCUGCUUGCUGGAGCUCGCAGACACUCCAGAUCAUCAUGCUGUCCUUGUGCUACAGCCAGCUGUAGAAUCAUUCUUCCUAGUGCAUGCAACAGCUGCUGAAGAGCAUCGAUUAGCAUAUGAUGGACGUGACAGUCGCAAUGUACAGGAACAACGUCCUCGUGAAAAUCCUGCCCCACCAGAGGUAGCUAUCAUCCAGCCAGAUGUGGCUCCUGCAUCAGAUUCAGAUGGCAACUCUACAGCACAACCCACUUCUGUCUGCUUCAACUUCAACUGGGAGGUCACACCAUCUCCAGUAACACUUCCUCCUGAUCAGCAAAAGUUCCUCAAGUUUGCAGAGACACAUCGGACGGUAUUGAAUCAGAUUCUUCGCCAGUCUACUACACAUUUAGCUGAUGGUCCUUUUGCCGUUUUGGUUGAUCACACCAGAGUGUUAGACUUUGAUGUAAAGAGGCGAUACUUCAGAUCUGAGUUGGAGAGAAUGGAUGAGGGCAUCAGACGGGAGGAACUGGCAGUCCACGUCCGUAGAAGUCACGUAUUUGAAGAUUCUUUCCGUGAACUUCACAGGCGAAGUGCUGAUGAAUGGAAAAAUAGGUUUUACAUUGUAUUUGAAGGUGAAGAGGGCCAAGAUGCAGGAGGUCUACUGCGGGAGUGGUAUGUGAUAAUAUCACGAGAAAUAUUCAACCCAAUGUAUGCACUGUUUACAACAUCACCUGGAGAUCGUGUGACGUAUAUGAUCAACUCCUCAUCACACUGCAACCCAAAUCACUUGUGCUACUUCAAGUUUGUUGGCAGAGUCAUUGCUAAGGCGAUUUAUGACAACAAGCUUCUGGAGUGCUACUUUACACGGUCAUUCUACAAGCACAUACUGGGAAUUCUUGUCAAAUAUACCGAUAUGGAGAGCGAGGAUUACAGCUUCUAUCAGGGUCUCGUUUAUCUUAUGGAACAUCGUGUCAGUGACCUGGGUUAUGACCUUACAUUCAGUGCAGAAGUCCAGGAAUUUGGGGUAACGGAUGUCCGGGAUCUGAUUCCAAAUGGCCGCAACAUUCAAGUAUGUGAACAGAAUAAGAUGGACUAUAUCAGAUUGGUAUGUCAGAUGAAGAUGACGGGAGCCAUUCGUAAACAGAUCAAUGCCUUUUUGGAAGGCUUCUAUGACAUCAUCCCAAAGCGGUUGAUAUCGAUCUUUAAUGAGCAAGAGCUAGAGUUACUGAUCUCAGGAUUGCCUAAUGUGGAUAUUGAAGAUUUAAGAGCUAACACAGAGUACCACAAAUAUCAACCCACAUCCCUCCAGAUUCAGUGGUUCUGGCGAGCCCUGCGCUCAUUUGACCAGGCUGCCCGUGCCAAGUUCUUGCAGUUUGUGACUGGAACUUCCAAAGUGCCGCUUCAAGGUUUUGCUGCUCUGGAAGGCAUGAAUGGAGUUCAGAAAUUUCAGAUCCACCGUGAUGAUCGUUCAACAGACCGUCUGCCUUCUGCACACACAUGUUUCAAUCAGCUAGACCUUCCUGUCUACGAGACAUAUGACAAGUUGCGCACUUACCUCCUCAAGGCCAUCCAUGAGUGUUCUGAAGGGUUUGGAUUUGCCUGAAGAAAAAGACAAGUUAGGAUUAAUUUGGAGACUGAGUAAUUGUAGUGGAACAAGUUACAAUUUGUUUAAUUCUUAUAUAUUGUUCUAGAUAGGAUAUUUAUAUAUUUCAUGCAACUAUGAAUAGCCUAGUUCUAUUUUGCAUGUUCUUUUAACUUUUCAUUUCUCCUGCCCCUUGUAAUAUAUUGAUUUAUGGUCCAAACCAUGGAGAAGAGAUAAUCAGCAUCCAGCUAAACAUGUUGAAUUUAUUCAAGUGUAAUGAUUCAGCAUAAAUUUAAAAAUUGGCUUUAAUAUUUGAAAUAAAGUAUGCUGUAAUGCUACAUCAGAGUUAUUUGAAGAACAUGUAGUAUUCAUAAUUGAAAUAAAAAGUACUGAGACAACAUGAA